ACUGCAGAGAUGGGAAGUGGAAUCAGUGCUGAAGACAGAGAACUGGCAAAGAGGUCCAAGGAGCUGGAAAAGAAGCUGCAGGAGGAUGCUGACAAGGAAGCCAAGACCAUCAAGCUGCUAUUACUGGGUGCUGGGGAAUCAGGGAAGAGUACUAUCGUCAAACAGAUGAAGAUCAUUCACCAGGAUGGUUAUUCGCCAGAAGAAUGCCUGGAGUUUAAGUCAGUCAUCUACGGAAAUGUGUUGCAGUCCAUCCUCGCUAUCAUCCGAGCCAUGUCCACACUAGGCAUUGACUACGCUGAACCAAGCCGGGCGGAUGAUGGUCGACAGCUCAACAACCUGGCUGAUUCCACUGAGGAGGGGACCAUGCCCCCUGAGCUGGUAGAUGUCAUCCAGAAGUUGUGGAAAGAUGGUGGAGUGCAAGCCUGUUUUGAGAGAGCUGCAGAGUAUCAGCUCAAUGACUCUGCAUCUUAUUACCUGAACCAAUUGGACCGAAUUACAGACCCCAACUACCUCCCCAGUGAACAAGAUGUACUCCGAUCCAGAGUCAAAACCACAGGCAUCAUUGAAACCAAAUUUUCUGUCAAAGACUUGAAUUUCAGGAUGUUUGAUGUGGGAGGGCAGAGGUCAGAGAGAAAGAAGUGGAUCCACUGCUUUGAAGGAGUCACCUGCAUCAUUUUCUGUGCAGCUCUCAGUGCCUAUGAUAUGGUACUGGUAGAAGAUGAUGAAGUGAAUCGCAUGCAUGAGUCUUUGCAUCUGUUCAACAGUAUAUGUAACCACAAGUUCUUUGCGGCUACUUCUAUUGUCCUCUUUCUUAACAAGAAGGACCUCUUUGAGGAAAAGAUCAAGAAAGUCCAUCUCAGUAUCUGUUUUCCUGAGUAUGAUGGGAACAACUCCUAUGAGGAUGCAGGGAAUUAUAUCAAGAGCCAGUUUCUUGACCUCAAUAUGAGAAAAGAUGUCAAAGAAAUCUACAGCCACAUGACCUGUGCUACUGACACACAGAAUGUCAAAUUUGUGUUUGAUGCAGUUACAGAUAUUAUCAUCAAAGAAAACCUCAAGGACUGUGGUCUCUUCUAACAUUCCUCUGAU